GGGCAUGCUCAGAGGCGACCGCGGGGGCAGGUUUGCUUCGCAGGCGCUCGCACUCGGCGGCGGGCGGGCGCUCGGCUGCAGCUGGAGCUCCAGUGCCCGGAGUUGGAGUUGCCGGGAGUUUCCCCCCUACCCCUCCCUCUUCGCGCGCAGCAGCAGGAGCCCGCGCGGGAGCCGCGAGCAGCGGCGAACCAGUGCCAGGGCCGGCCGAGCCUUGUCCGGAGCCCGGAGCCCCGCGAGGGGCAGCCCCCGGGGAGGAGUCUCGCCCGCUGAGACGCGUGCGGCGCGCUGGCACCGCCAGGGCACUAACCAGGCUGCACGGCAGAGUCUCCUUAUAUUGCCAAGGCUGAACUUGAACUUGUGAUCCUCCUGCCUUAGCUUCUAAGUAACUGGGAUUAUAGAAAAUUGACUCCUUGCCCUCCUCACUUAUUCUACGAUGAGUGCCAAAUCUGCCAUCAGCAAGGAAAUUUUUGCACCUCUUGAUGAAAGGAUGCUGGGAGCCGUCCAAGUCAAGAGGAGGACAAAGAAAAAGAUUCCUUUUUUGGCAACUGGAGGUCAAGGCGAAUAUUUAACUUAUAUCUGCCUGUCAGUGACAAACAAGAAACCCACACAGGCGUCUAUCACAAAGGUCAAACAGUUUGAAGGCUCCACGUCUUUCGUGCGGAGAUCACAGUGGAUGCUCGAGCAGCUUCGCCAGGUUAAUGGUAUCGAUCCUAAUCGGGAUUCUGCAGAGUUUGAUUUGUUGUUUGAAAAUGCUUUUGACCAGUGGGUAGCCAGCACAGCCUCAGAAAAAUGCACCUUCUUCCAGAUCCUCCACCACACCUGCCAGAGGUACCUCACAGACAGGAAGCCGGAGUUUAUUAACUGCCAAUCCAAAAUUAUGGGAGGAAACAGCAUCCUCCACUCCGCUGCUGAUAGUGUGACCAGCGCAGUCCAGAAGGCGAGCCAGGCCUUGAAUGAGCGUGGGGAACGGUUAGGCCGAGCAGAGGAGAAAACAGAAGACAUGAAGAAUAGCGCCCAGCAGUUUGCAGAAACUGCACAUAAGCUUGCCAUGAAGCACAAAUGUUGAGAAACUGCCAUCCUGGUGACCCUCUUGAGAGCAACAGAAGAGAAUGUUCAGCAGUUUUUACAAGAAUUCCGGACCUCCACUUGCUUCUUUUUUUCCGAUAUAUGAACAUUUAGGUUUUUUGGUUUUCCUUUUCAGAUGUUAAUAUGAAUGAAAAUGUGUUGUGUUUAUACCUUUCCCUAAUGAUCUUGCUAAGAAAUGCUACAAUAGCAUUAGUUUCCUUUUGAUUUUUCCCAGUGUGUGUGGUGGUGUGGGGGGUUGUUCCUAUGUGUUUUUCUUUUUAAGAAUAAUUUCUUUUGUAGUUUGAAUAUAAAGUUUGGACCAAAUGAUAAACCAAGCUGGGUCUCAACAGGCAACAUGUAUUUUUUUUCUCCCUGAUAUUAAGCAAGUUCAAUGGGUUGAUACCAGAUGUCAUUGUUCUGGGAUGAAAUAAAAGUGGAACAGCAAAUGGU